UUGUAGUGGUUUCGUACACGUCUCUUUUCUCCUCCCCUAUUUAUUACGGAGUAUUAUUCUCACAAACCUUUUUCUCUAUCUUCCAUUGCUGACAAAGAAGACGGAACAACUUGAGAGAAUCAAUCAGGUGGAUUGUGUAUUGUCUUUGGAUAGUGUAUAUGGAUGAACAUUCGGGUAAAAGAGCUGUUAGUGGUCUUCUUGUUGCAAGAAGAGGUUUGAGAGAUACCCCUAAUGAUAGGGAUGAAAAUAUUCAGUUUUGCCCUCGAAUUGGAUGUAGUGGCAGGCUUAACAAUUCGAGGAAUGGAUGCACAGCGAAACCCUAUUCAUCGAGGCAAAAUUUGAGUUCCAACUCUACUAAUGGCAAGGAAGUAGUUGGUAGUUCUUCGAGAACUGUUACGAGGAAAUUGCACAAGGACUAUCAUAGAAAGCCGGCCUCUCACACCAAAACUGAUCAAUUGGAAACCAGAACUUUUCGCGAUGAGCAAAUGGAAUCGUCAAGUACAAGUGGAACUGGGUUUUUGUCAGAACCAAGAGAACCGAGGCUCGGUUCUGAGCCUAGGAAAAGUAGAGUUUGGGAAGCGGGUUGCUCCAGUGGGUUGUCGUCUAAAUCUAGGCGUGCCAAUCAGAACAAUUUGAGAGGGACCGGUGUUUUAUCAACGUCUAGUAACAUUCCCUCCGGGACAAGGAGUACCCGUAAUAAUGGGGUGGAAAAUGGCUAUAAAAACCCCAAAUGCAAUCCGGUAUCAAAUCCCCUUCCACAUUCAUCACAACCAAGGUUUAUGAAAAAGAGAAGCUCCGAGGGUGAAAGUAGUUCGUCAUCUAUAGGGAAUAGAACAACGAGUAGGGCAUUCUCGAAAGGAGGACGAGAAGACCAUUCAUCUCUUAACAAUCGUGGGAUUUUAAUCUCCGAAUCAAGAUGUGGUAGAACUUGGGGGCCUAGUGAGGAUAACCCCACUGUUUCGGUUAGAGUACGAAGAUCUAAUAUGAACUCCAGAUUGAGAACUCACGAUCAAGAUACUGGAAACACUUCAACACAUACGCAACCAUCUGGCUUAAUCUCGCAACUCCCUCGGCCUCAAACACCAAACGGUCGUAUGCUUAGUUCAACAUAUCAAUUCUCGACAGACUCUUCUUCAAGUGAAUCUAGUCCUUACAAUGUUCCUGGUAAUGAUGGCAAUAAUAUACGCAAUAUAUUGCCCUUUCCUUCUGCAGAAUUUGGUCAGUCAAAUAACCGUGAUGCCUUGUGGAGAUAUAACAUGGAUGAAAUUGCUGGGGUAUUAUUACAGCUCGAGAGAAUUGAACACGAUGACGAGCUACGAUAUGAGCAACUGCUAGCACUCGAAACCAAUGUGUUCCUCAAUGGCAUGAAUUUCUACGACCAACAUAGAGACAUGAGAUUGGACAUCGAUAACAUGUCAUACGAGGAAUUACUAGCUCUCGGGGAGAGGAUGGGCACGGUAAGCACAGCUCUUUCUGACGAAGCAAUGUCAAAGUGCCUUAGGAGAAGCGUCUAUCGGGUUACCUCUUCGGGAGUAGGUGUUGCUGGAUUGAAAGGGGGUGAAGAUGACAACAAAUGCAGUAUUUGCCAGGAGGAGUAUGUGCUCGGGGAUGAGAUGGGGAUGUUGGGAUGCGAACAUGGAUACCAUUUGGCGUGCGUUCAUCAGUGGUUAAGGAUGAAGAAUUGGUGCCCUAUCUGCAAGGCUUCUGCUGUUCCAUCUCGGCCCUCUUCGCCCUUGUAAUUCUUUUCAAGCAACCUCGAUCAGUGCCUACCACGAUUCUGAGGGAAUGGAUUUGGUUUCCUCUUGUACAGAUCCCCUUCUGUUUUUUUCUCAAAAAACAUCCUUUUACAUGUUUUUGAUUUGAAUAAGAUGAAGAGUAGUCUUAGCAGUGAUGAUAUUAACCAUUGAAGCCCAGGCUGAAAGUUGCUUUGUGGUGUGAAGUUUUAAAGUUUCAGUUGGUUUUAAUGUGACAUUUCAAUGUACAGAGAGAACUAUGGUUUAUUGCUACUCAUGUUUCUUUUGACUCUGUAGUUUAAGGCCUGCUCUUUUUCUUUUCUUUUU